UCUAGAGAUACUAGUACUUCACCCGAGCCUUUCCAACCGAGCACUUUGCGAAGAAGUGUGGUAACGAAUCCAAGAUGGCUGCCGUUCGAGGUUUGGAAAACAUUAAUCCCGAAGUUCAUCAAAAGGUUAAAGAAAGAAUAUUGCUUGCAGAAGAGGAAGAUGAUGAUGUUGUGGAUAAGAUUGAUCAGAGGGAGGUGUUUGAUCUUGUCCGUACAAUCAAUGAUCCUGAGCAUCCACUGACUCUGGAGGAACUGAGCGUUGUUGAAGAAUCCCUGGUCAAAGUUGACGAUGAAAACAACAGUAUUCACAUCAACUUUACUCCAACCAUACCUCACUGUAGUAUGGCGACCUUAAUAGGGCUUGCCAUCAGAGUGAAACUUUUGAGAUCAUUACCGGAAAGGUUUAAAGUUGACGUUGAAAUAACUCCUGGAAGCCACGCUUCUGAACAUGCUGUAAACAAACAGCUGGCUGACAAAGAGCGUGUUGCAGCAGCGUUAGAGAAUUCUCAUCUCCUUAAAGUGGUUAACCAGUGUUUAUCUUCCGCAUGAUCAGCCAAUUAAUCGAGCGAGGACGUGUCUGGCCGAAGAUGUCGGUGAAGAUUGGAUUUAAUGCGAGAAGUUCAGAAAAACAAAAUUGAAAUAGAACUAAAUAAUGUUUUUCGGUUCGGCUUUCGAAUUGCGCGUUUUACGAAUGAUAGUUGGUGGUAAAAAUAGCACAUCAUUGUUAUAACAAGCACGAUUUAUCCAAAGAAAUCAACAACAUAGACUCGGGUAAUAUAUACCAACUUUAUGAAACGACUAUAGUUUAAAAUAGCACGUUUGUAAAAAGGGACAUAGAAAUUGUAAAUAAAUGACUGCCAUUGAGUGUAAUGAAACAAAGUAAUUUUUUCGCUU